AUGGCUUCUGAUGAAAUAAAACUUAAAUUGGUGAACUACGGGAAGUCAACAUCGAUACGGGGAGUGCCGAAGUGUUUCAACUCGGACGAUAGGGUUUUGAGGGGGCUGUGGAUUGGCUCCGUGGUCAUCUGCACUCUAGUUCUCAUUGGCCAGCUCGUUGUGUCCAUUCAGAAGUUCUACGCAAGGCCUAUCAUGACUCAGUUCGGUGAAAUGAUUGGAGAGAAGGUUGUGUUCCCUGACAUCACGUUUUGCAACAUAGACCCGUUCGCUACUGGCCACUCGAAAGAUCUGCCGAUAGAUCAAUAUUUCUACUUUCUGAAAGUUAACAAAAAUUUAUUUAGAAACCUCUCAAUGAAUGAGUUUAAUUUGUCGGAAAACAUGGAAGAAACGAUCUACAACGAGCUGUUCUCGGUUCCAAACUACAUAAUAAAUUUGAAGAAACGCGGCCAGAUUAAGAGCACGGAUUGCCCCAACUUCAUCGUCGACAGCAGCAUCGUCAGCUCCAACUGGUUCACCACCAACCUCAGUUGCCAUGAGAAUUUUACAAGAAUCUGGAACCCAAAUUACUACACGUGCUACACGUUGAGAACAAGCAAGAUCAACUCCGAGAAGAACCUCACGAUUCGAGGACUGUCCUUCGUAUUGAACGUUGGGCCUCCCAAUUAUUUCCAGCUACCUUUCAGAUCGACAAUUGUUGGUUCGCAGACGAGGGGGGUCCAGGUGAGUGUGCAUAGUCCUGGCUCCUCCCCUGACCUCAAGCGAGGGUUCAGUGUGGCACCUGGCACUGAAACUGUGGUUUCCAUCGUUCAGUCGAAGAGAACCAGGCAGGACAAACCUUACAGCGCGGUUGGCUGUACAGACGAAAACAACAUGCCAACCUACCCGAAAGAGAAGUACACACAGGAUCUGUGCAUCGAAUUUUGCAAGCAGAAACUGAUUGAGGAGUCGUGCGGUUGUAUGUCCCAUCAGUUCAACGUGCCACUCAGUGUUCUCGACGACAUCAACCUCUGCGGAAACUUCAGUCUCAGCAAAAAUAAUUUUUCUAAAAAUGAUUACAACGACUCUAGUUUUAGAGACGUUAUUGCCAAUUAUUUAUGCUCGCUGAAAUACCUGGAUGUCGAGUCGUGUGACCAGAGCUGUCUCAUACGCUGCGCGAAAAAUGCCUACGAGACAUUCGUUUUAAGUUCCGCUUGGCCAAAACCCGCAAUGCAAUUAAAUCUUUUCGGCGGCUACAUCUACAACUGCACUCUAACAAAUAAAGACGUAAAGAAUCGCUACAGAAGCUACCUGCAGUACUACGAUGUCGGCAGCGACAUUCAGAUCAAUCUUGAGCACAACUUUUCAACAAUUUCGAAACUUAAUGAAAUACAAGACUCGUUGUUAUCCAUAAAGUUCAUAAUUAAAGACGCCUACCCAUUUUAUUUAGCUGACCAGCCCGCAUACACCUGGGACUCCAUGUUUGGCGUUGUGGGGGGUACUAUGUCUCUAUGGCUGGGCAUCACAAUAAGUACAGGCGUGGAGCUCAUUGAGCUGCUGUACUUAGUGCUGAAGGGUGCUCUUAAAAAUAAAACUAGGAUUGAUUCGCUUAAAAAGGGAAACAAACUUAACGGGAGGACUGUGUUUGUGGCUGUAGUUGGAAAUUAG